AUGUCCGUGUUGCUUGAGACCAGCGUCGGCGACAUUGUCAUCGACCUGCUGGUCAAGGAAGCUCCAAAGUGCUGCGAGAACUUCCUGAAGCUCUGCAAGAUCAAAUACUUCAACUAUGCCCCCGUCCAUUCCGUCCAGCGCGAUUUCUCUUUCCAGACGGGCGAUCCUAUUGGCCCCGAUUCGAAAGACAGCGACGGAGGCUCGUCGAUUUGGGGCGUGCUCGACCCCAGCAACCCCUCCAACAAGACGUUUGUACCCGAGUUCCACCCGAAGCUAAAGCAUAUCGAAAGAGGCACCGUUAGCAUGGCCACUGUGCCAUCGUCGACCGACCCGGAUGCGCGCCUGGCCGGUAGCCAGUUCAUUGUCACACUCGGCAACAACCUGGAGUACCUAGACGGCAAAUCUGCCAUUUUCGGCUCCGUGGUGGAGGGUUUCGACGCGCUGGAGAAGAUCAACACCGCUUUCAUUGACAGCAACGGAAGGCCACUGAAGGACAUAAGAAUACGGCACACCAUAGUCCUCGAUGACCCGUUUCCCGAUCCCUCCGGCUUGGUUGAGCCGCCAGAGAGCCCGGUUCCCACUCAAGCGCAGUUGGCAACCGUGCGCAUCAGGGAUGACGAGGAGCUGGAUGAAAACAUGGAUCAAGAACAAGUCGAAAAGAUGCGACGCGAGAGAGAAGCCCGCGCCCAAGCAUUGACGCUUGAAAUGAUGGGAGACCUGCCGUUUGCUGAAGUCAAGCCGCCUGAAAACGUUCUCUUCGUUUGCAAGCUCAAUCCAGUCACACAAGACGACGAUCUAGAGCUUAUCUUUUCCCGCUUCGGCAAGAUUCUGUCAUGUGAGAUCAUCCGUGACAGGCAAACCGGCGAUAGCUUGCAGUAUGCCUUCAUCGAAUUCGAGGACAAGAAAUCCUGCGAGCAGGCAUAUUUCAAGAUGCAGGAUGUGCUGAUCGACGACCACCGCAUCCACGUGGACUUUUCCCAGAGUGUCUCAAAGCUCUCAAACGUGUGGCGCGACGCCACGAAUGCUAAGCGGACGACGGACGCCGUCGGCGUGAUAGGAGCAGAAGUCCACGAAGGGACCGGGACCGAGACCAGCGGAGACCAGAGUAUCGCGGUAGAGAUGACCGUGAUGAUCGCAGAAGAGACCGCAGCCGUGACAGGUACCGUGAUGACCGCAGACGUGAUAGAAGUCGAGAUCGUUACAGGCGUGACGAUCGGGACCGGGACUAUGACAAGCGCAGAUAGGCGGUGGUACUGA